AUGGAUGCCGAAAAGACUCCAGGAUAUGUGGCAAACCAUGUCGAAGAGCAGUCAACCAGCAGCAACGAAGAGAUUACCUGGACUGAGGCCGAGGAGACUGCCAUCAGGCACAAGCUAGAUUGGCAAAUUGUCCCAAUUGUCACUUUGAUGUACCUUCUUUGUUUUCUCGAUAGGGCCAACAUUGGCAAUGCACGUAUUCAAGGCAUGGCCAAGGACCUUCACCUCGUCGGCUACCGUUUCAACAUAGCAUCAUCCGUGUUCUACGUCGUAUACUUACUUGUCGAAGUCCCCAGCAACAUCAUCUUGAAGAGAGUCGGACCCAGGUUCUACCUUCCUGCCCUCGUCGUUGGGUUCGGCUUUGUCUCCAUGUGCACAGCUUGGGUCAAAGACUUCGAACAGUUGUGCGUGGCUCGAGCUUUCCUGGGUGUCUUCGAGGGUGGUGUUCACACCUGGCGCAAUAUUUUCUUCUUCGAGGGCUUGAUCACGAUUUUCGUUGGCUUCGUUGCUCCGUUCAUCAUGCCGUCAAGCCCAAGCACAUCCGCCAGACUCACCGAACGCGAGAAGUGGAUCGCUGCAGAGCGCCUUCGACUCGAGCAUAGAGCGGAUCCAAAUGAAAACGUCAAUAUCCAGCACAUUAAGAAAGCCGUUUUCAACAUCAACAACUAUGUGUGUGCUGGUGGCUUUUUCUGCAUUAAUAUCACUGUACAAGGUCUUUCUAUCUUCAUGCCAACAGUGCUAAACGAUCUCGGCUGGACAGCGACUAAAGCUCAACUCUAUACUGUUCCCGUGUACGUUUCCGCCUCGGUGGUAGCUAUUCUGGUCGGAUUUCUCAGUGACAAGACGCGCAUGCGAGGUAUCUGGCUAGCAGGGUUCACCUUCCUCGGCAUCGCUGGCUUCAGCAUCCUCCGCUGGAACACCGACGAAAAUAUCCGCUACAUGGCAGUCUACUUCUGUGCAGUCGGCGCCUUUCCAGGCGGCCCCGGAUUCCUCUCCUGGGGUCUCAACAAUAGCGCCGGACCCGCCGUUCGAGCCGUCUCCUCCGGCUGGAUCGUCACCCUCGGCACCAUCGGCGGCAUCGUCGCAACAUGGAGCUACCUCGUCAAAGACGCGCCAAAAUACCCCAUCGGCCACUCGAUCAAUCUCAGCGCGCAGGUAGUCGUGCUUGCGCUGGCAAGUUUCGGCAUCGUGUACUGCAAGUGGGAGAACAGAGUCAGGGCUCGAGGAGGGAGAGAUCAUAGGCUACAGGGCUUAAGUGAGCAGGAGAAGUUGGAUUUGGGACAUCAUCAUCCGGAUUUCAGGUACAUGGCAUGA